UUUCAAACUUUUCAGUACAAAAAACUCAUUUCAAACAUUUUUUACACAAUUUUUCUCAAGAUUACCAUGAAUGACAGCGACAGUGAACCUUCUGUGCCGGGCGUAUUAGAAGAUCCUGGCAAUGACAAAAUUCCACAGACCACACCAUUGAAGAGGGUUAAGUUUGAUGAAUUGAAUUUGUUGGAAACUUUCCAUCCAGCGAACAAGGAUUACGGUCAUAUGGUUAUUGAUGAGCCUAAGACGCCUUUUGUGUUCGAGGACGAAACGUCGCCUGAGUUGGACACGGAUUUGCUAAUAGAAAAGCUGCGCCAAGUCGCACAAUCGGAAACUCGCAGGUUUGGGAAGAAAAAAGACUCUGAUGACUCGUCUGAUGCUAAUUUCUAGUUGAGACGACACCUAGAAUAUAGCAAAAUGCACUGCAAAUCAUUUUUGUAAAGCCAUUUAGCUAGCCCUAUUAACGGGUUGCAAUUAUUUUUUACUGUAGGCUACAGUGUGCUUUGUCAAAACCCCUUUAUAGUCUCAGUACCGCCUGAAUGCUGUUGCCACUGAGAGUACAUGGAGGUUGUCAGUACACUCUGAGGUCUGUCGGUAUUAUUUUUGGUUCCACCAGUGCUUCAUGUCUAACCACACUUAGCUAAACUUCAUAGAAAUCAUUAAAUGUUUCAAAAAUUAUAGACAAUAUUAUUAUUAUGAGAAUAUAUGAAAGUUUGAUAAACAAUGAAACCUUAAA